AUGACCAAUGAAUGGUUAUCCAGAGCAAGUGGGGCUCCUUCACAAGACAAAGGUUUGAUUGUGCAGGAACAGAAGGAUAAAACCUUGCUCUUUCCCACCACAGAAUUCUUCCUGGAGCUCUUGCAGAAAGCAUGCAGCAUGCAGUUCCAGGCAUCUUGGCUUUGGAGAAAACUGCGUGGCAAGAGGCGGCUGGUGAUGGCAUCGUGCCUCCUGAUGACUCUGUCGGUGGUGGCUGUCACCCGUAUCCCCCCACAGCCUCCGGUCCUUGAUCCUGUGGAGCCCCCAGGACACACUGGCUCUGCUGUCUCCCAGCCCCGGCAGGCUCCAGGUUUGAGUCGGAGGCAGAGGGCAAGGCACAUGGGGCUGCGGCAUGGCUGGGCCUUACCCUGGAAUUCCAGCCUGGUCUGUGCCAAGCGGCAGGGUCCUGGGGUCAUGGAGGAUAGAAACGGGCUGUUACUGCAUGGAGACAGUGUGCAUCCAAGGAGGACACGGAGGGAUUUGCCUUUGGUCCCUCUGGGAGAUCUGAAGCACAGCACCUGGCCUCUGGUGCUCCCGAGAGAGGACGAAGUCCGGGAUCCUGAAGUUAAGGGGCUGGACACCCUCUGGCAGGCUGAUCUUGUCCCAGAGGCCCAGAGAGAGAGGGGUGCCUUGGACAGCUCCUUCCCAGGCAGCCACAGGAUCACCUCACAGACUCGGACACCAGAUGCUGGACUGACCCUCCGGUCCCAGCCAGAGAAAGGCCGGGAUCUGUCAGCAGCUGAGGCCGGCGCCCGGGCUGGUGGGAGACCAGCAUGGACUCCCGGUGUGACUGCUGGGGCUCGCCAGUGGCCUGGCUCCAUGAAGGAGCUGAGAGGUUCCGUCUGGUGCACUGCUGAGCCUCUGGGCCAGAGGCCGGGCUCUGGGAGCCACACUCAGCUUCCUCCCUGGCUCACGGACCAUGACAUGCAGAGCCUGCGGCUCCUGGCCCAAGGACAGGUGGUGGGCAAAGCCAGGGUCCCGGGACACGGGCAAGUGCUGCAGGUGGGCUUUGCUGCCGAGACAGCCCUGCACAAUGUGUCUGCUGGGCUCGGCCAGCUCUGCUCUGGGGGCCACUGUGGUCUAAUCAAGAGGCCUGGGGACUUGUCCGAAGUCCUGUCCUUCCAUGUGGACCGGGUUUUGGGGCUACGUCGGAGCCUCCCCGCCUUGGCCCGGCGUUUCUUCAGUCCCCUGCUGCCCUACCGCUACACGGAUGGGGCUCCAAGGCCCGUCAUCUGGUGGGCACCGGAUGUGCAGCACCUGAGUGACCCAGACGAUGAUCAGAACUCUGUGACCCUGGGCUGGCUGCAGUACCAGGCCCUGCUGGCCCAUGGCUGCAGCUGGCUCGGCCAGCCCCCAUGCCUGGGCAUCCAGCAUGCUGAGUGGGCACGCCUGGCCCUCUUUGAUUUCCUGCUGCAGGUGCACGACCGUCUGGAUCGCUACUGCUGUGGCUUCAAGCCCCAGCCCGGGGACCCAUGUGUGGAGGAGAGGCUGCAUGAGAAGUGCCGGAACCCGAGUGAGCUGCGGCUAGUCCACAUACUGGUGCGAAGCAACAACCCAUCUCACCUGGUCUACAUCGAUAAUGCUGGGAACCUUGAGCUCACUGAGGAUAAGCUGAACUUCCGGCUGCUGGAGGGCAUAAAAGGGUUUCCUGAGUCAGCCGUGAAGGUUCUGGAGUCAGGCUGUCUACAGAAUCUGCUGCUCCACUCUCUUCAGAUUGACCCAGUGUUCUGGGAGAGUCAAGGUGGGGCCCUAGGGCUGAAGCCAGUUCUGCAGAUGCUGGAGCAACGUGGACGGAUCCUGCUGGGACAUAUCCAGAGACACAACCUCACACUCUUCGGGGACGAGGACCCGGGAGCCCACCUGUGGGCUGAGGCAGGGCCCUCUGUUCCCAGGUGGGUUCCCCCAUGGCAGGCAUCAGUGGAUGAGUCCCUGUCCCCAUAAUCACAUUUUCCUGGAUCCCUCCAUCUCGAAGAUAAAUGGAAGAAGCCAGA